AAUUUUCAUGUGGAAGAACAGAAGCAUGAAGAAAAACGUGAAGGCGGCACAAAAAGCUGACGUAAAAAGCAGAAUGUGUUCCAUCACGCUUUUUGUGUUAGCUUCAAUGUAACCCAUUACGGAUUCUCAAGAGUACAAUACACUGCAAUUGUGAUUGUACGUUAUUUUUAUAUAAUUAUUUUCUAAGAUAACAGCCCAUUAGUAAAUAAUGGUCUUACAUAAUGGUGAUAACUGUGUGCCUGUACCACUCUCUUUAAUGUACAGUUUGAAGACAACUUUCUACUUUAUCAUGCAGGUCCAUGUUCUUUUUUUUGCUUUUACAUACAUUGCAGGAGCUGUAGUCAUUGAGAUUCUGAAAAAAGAAGGUGUUUGGUUGGUUUUUUCAAGAGUGCUGUAUAGGGGCAUAAUGCCUUAUAGGUAUCUGCAAAGAAACAAUGGCGACAGAAUCUCCACGCCGCCCUAGUAGAUGUACUGGAGGAGUGGUUGUGCGCCCGCAAGCUGUCACGGAACAGUCAUAUAUGGAAAGCGUUGUUACGUUUCUUCAAGAUGUUGUGCCACAGGCCUACAGUGGUACCCCACCAGCAGAAGAAAAGGAGAAGAUCAUCUGGGUCAGAUUUGAAAAUGCAGAUUUAAAUGAUACAUCAAGGAAUAUGGAGUUUCAUGAAAUACAUAGCACCGGGAAUGAACCACCAUUACUGCUAAUGAUCGGAUACAGUGAUGGAAUGCAAGUCUGGAGCAUACCUAUCAGUGGUGAAGCUCAAGAACUCUUUUCUGUGCGCCAUGGUCCAGUUCGAGCUGCACGGAUUUUACCAGCUCCACAAAUCAGUGCUCAGAAAUGUGAUAAUUUUUCUGAGAAGCGACCUCUUCUUGGUGUGUGCAAAAGCAUUGGAUCUUCUGGCACAAGCCCACCUUACUGCUGUGUGGACCUUUAUUCUUUGCGAACAGGAGAGAUGGUCAAGUCCAUACAGUUCAAAACUCCUAUUUAUGAUCUGCAUUGCAAUAAAAGGAUACUUGUUGUAGUCCUGCAAGAGAAAAUUGCCGCCUUUGACAGCUGUACAUUCACCAAAAAAUUCUUCGUUACAAGCUGCUAUCCUUGUCCAGGGCCAAACAUGAACCCUGUUGCUCUUGGAAGCCGGUGGCUUGCUUAUGCAGAAAACAAGCUGAUCCGAUGCCAUCAAUCCCGUGGUGGAGCCUGUGGAGACAACAUUCAGUCUUACACUGCCACAGUCAUUAGUGCUGCCAAAACGAUAAAGACUGGACUUACAAUGGUCGGGAAAGUAGUUACGCAGCUGACAGGGACGCUGCCUUCAGGAGCAACUGAAGAAGAAAUUUUAGCUCAUAGCAACAUUCGUCGAAGUCCUCUGGUGCCUGGAAUCAUCACUAUCAUUGAUACAGAAACAGUUGCGGAAGGGCAGGUACUCGUCAGCGAGGACUCCGAUAGCGAUGGCAUUGUGGCCCACUUCCCUGCACAUGAAAAGCCCAUUUGCUGCAUGGCUUUUAACCCGAGCGGGAUGUUGCUGGUCACUACUGACACAUUAGGCCAUGAUUUCCAUGUUUUUCAAAUACUGACACAUCCUUGGUCAUCAUCACAAAGUGCCGUCCAUCAUUUGUAUACACUUCACAGGGGAGAGACUGAAGCCAAAGUACAGGAUAUCUCCUUCAGCCACGACUGUCGUUGGGUUGUGGUCAGCACGCUUCGUGGCACUUCCCACGUCUUUCCUAUCAAUCCUUACGGCGGCCAGCCCUGCGUGCGAACACACAUGUCACCCCGCGUGGUAAAUCGCAUGAGCCGAUUCCAAAAGAGUGCGGGGUUGGAAGAGAUCGAGCAAGAGCUGACAUCUAAGCAAGGAGGACGCUGUAGCCCUGUUCCAGGCCUGUCAAGCAGCCCGUCUGGCUCACCGCUCCAUGGUAAAUUGAACAGCCAAGACACUUACAAUAACUUCACAAACAACAAUCCUGGGAACCCUCGACUCCUGCCUCUUCCAAGUUUGACUGUGGUCUUGCCUCUUGCUCAAAUCAAGCAGCCAAUGACAUUAGGGACCAUCACCAAACGCACAGGACCUUACCUGUUUGGAGCAGGAUGUUUUUCCAUAAAAGCUCCAUGCAAAUCCAAACCAGCUCCACAGAUUUCACCCAGUAAGUCUGUGGGAGGAGAGUUUUGUGUUGCUGCGGUCUUUGGAUCAUCAAGGUCAUGGUUUGCAAGCAAUCCUGGUCUGAAAAGAGAAAAAGAUCAAUCAAAACAGUUUGUAGUGGAGUCAUUGUAUAUUAUCAGUUGUUACGGUAGCCUGGUGGAGCACGUAUUGGAACCACGUCCGCUCAGCACUGCUCCGAAGAUUAGUGAUGACACACCUUUGGAAAUGAUGACAUGCCCAAGAGCCAGCUGGACUUUGGUUAGAACUCCUCAGUGGAAUGAACUCCAACCACCAUUUAAUGCGAACCAUCCUCUGCUCCUGGCUGCAGAUGCUGUACAGUACUACCAGUAUCUUCUCGCUGGGUUGGUUCCACCAGGGAGCCCUGGACCGAUCACUCGACACGAGUCAUAUGACAGCUUAGCAUCUGACCACAGCGGGCAAGAAGACGAAGAGUGGCUUUCACAGGUUGAAAUAGUGACUCACACUGGGCCGCAUCGACGCCUGUGGAUGGGCCCACAGUUCCAGUUCAAAACGAUCCAUCCCUCAGGCCAAACUACCGUCAUCUCAUCCAGUUCCUCAGUGCUGCAGUCGCAUGGUCCGAGCGAUACCCCACAGCCUCUUCUGGACUUUGACACAGAUGAUCUUGAUCUCAACAGUCUCAGGAUCCAGCCUGUUCGUUCAGAACCUGUUAGCAUGCCAGGCUCAUCGCGUCCAGUUUCUGACCGCAGAGGAGUUUCGACAGUGAUUGAUGCUACCUCAGGUGCCUUCGACCGCAGCGUGACCUUGCUGGAGGUGUGUGGGAGCUGGCCCGAGAACUUCGGUCUCCGUCACAUGUCUUCCAUGGAGCACACUGAAGAGGGCCUUCGGGAGCGCCUGGCCGACGCGAUGUGCGAGUCUCCCAGCAGGGACAUAGUGGGAUCAGGAACAGACACAGCCGGUGAAGUAGCAGUAAAAAACAUCACCACAAAGAGGCACAUGGCUUUGAAAUGUUUUGAGCUUCAGCGAGAGGGAAGCAUAGAGACGCUCAGUAACAGCUCCGGUUCCACCAGCGGCAGUAUCCCACGCAACUUCGAUGGCUACAGAUCGCCCCUUCCAACUAACGAAAACCAGCCCCUCAGCCUUUUCCCCACGGGAUUCCCUUAAAUUAGCCAAACAUCCAAGGAGAGAUCCAGACAGGGUAACGAGCCGCCUCUCCGCCUAAACAAUCCCGAUGUGUCUGUCACCUGCCAGUUCACCGCUGUGCUGGAUGGUUCUCCUUACCCCGAUAAAUGUUGACGACUCUUAAACCUUCCUGAAACAUACUCACAAAAUCUUGACUUUGUGUUCCUGUGCAAUAUGAAGAGACUCCGUCUUCAAUCCUGAUAGCUCUGCGGCUUCUUUUUUUGCUGUGUUCAGGAAGAGGCUGGUUGAGGAGAAAUAUUUCUAAGCCAUUUUUGGUCGAGCACAUGGUUUCAGAACCAUUCUCUGCUUUUUUUGUUGAGAGAUGAAGGGAAUCUCCGUAACUCGGAGGAGCUCUCGCCGUUUGCGAAAGUGCCCAGCAUUAACGAAUGAACUGGAGAGAGCGGAAACUGGAGAACUUUCUGUGGACAGGGUUGAUAAUGUUAUUCCUUCCUCGUUGCGUCUCCUUGCUGCCCUCCUUCCCCACUGAUACUCAUCAAUGCCAGGAGUAUUACAAAUGGAAAUGUUUCUUUUUGGUCUUUGGAAGAAUUCUCUCUAUCGCUCCGGUUUUCUUCUAGUCAUGUAUUUUAGAAACAUACUUAAUUGACUAACUGCAGUCACAAGUUUCUCAUAUUUGGUUAUAAAAGUUGUUCAUUGGAACUCAGAUAUCUGUCCAGAAAUGCAUGUGUCAUUGAAUAAAUCUAAGUUAAACAAGAAA